AUGCGCGCUGCAGCUGAUCUUAGACUUAAUGGAUCAGUGAACUCUUUGGGCGAUCCAUCUGACCAGUUUUCAGUAAAAUAUAUCCCUCAAACAUACACAAAACUCGAAGGCAUAGAUCCCGACGAGAGAGAUGUAUUUCAGGGUUUUAGAACUUCUUUUUUACCAGCUGAAGAUAUAGUGUUAGCGCGCAAAAAUUCAAAGUCUAAAAGGGAACUUCCCGAGGAAAGUUUGACAGGUGACACUUUUAUUUGGGGUAAUCUGGACAAUAAAUAUGAAACGCCAACUCGUGUUAAGCGUAAAAGUAAUUUUUCAUUUUCUUCCAAGGACUAUAUUCAAGAUUAUUCAACACGGGGAAACUUGGAUGACGAAUAUUAUGAUGAAUAUAAAGAAAAUGAAAGUGCUGACGAUGAACACGAUAUAACAGACAGCAGCGAAAAGUACCAUGACAAAAAUGUGGUAUAUCCAGAGACAUACGUAGAUCGUGGUCCAUUAGAUGAUGUUGUGGAACAAGUUCGACGACAGCCUGAAUUAGAAGAAGGUGAAAUGGGUUCUUCCGCAAAUUUAUACAAGCCAUCUAAAUCCUAUACGGGUAUUCACGCCUUUUGGAAAGGUCAAGGGGACCGAGAAACCAUAAGAAACACCCAAGCUUCUAUCAUGAAGCAAUAUAUGGAUGCCGAAGCUGAUCCUUGUCACGAUUUUUACCAAUACGCGUGCGGUAAUUGGGCUGCUCUUAAUCCUAUACCAGCGGACAAGGCAGGAUAUGAUACAUUUGAAAUGCUACGGGAAAACCUUGAUAGAGUGCUCAAGGAUUUGUUAGAAUUUAAGAGUUCAGAGAAUGUACAGAGUGUGUAUCCAGGACCACAUCUAGACCUUAAUGAUAAUUUUUUGACUCAGAAUUUUCCUCUCAAAUGCCCGAAAGAACCGCUUCACUACAACGAUAACAUGAUGAAACCCACAGUAUUUAAAGAACAAGUAAAUACAAUUUGGAAUAAAACUUCUGUGAAAAAUAUUAAAAAAAUAUAUUCCCAGGAAAAUUCUGAAAUCGUUAGUCGUAUACGUCGAUAUUUAGAUAAAAAGUCAAGAACUAAGUUUAAACCUAUUUGGAUCAUGAAAUAUGGUAUACAUGACCACUUAUUUAAUAAAAAUAGAACGAGAAAAGAUACAUACAAGCAACCUGAUAAGAAAAUAGCUGUUAACAAAACAAAACGUAGACAAGACGUUAGAAAAAGAUCUAUACGACAUGCUAAUAAAGUAACAAAAAUAGGCAGAAAACUACAAAUGUACUAUAUGAGAGUGAAGAAAAAACAAGAACAUAAAAAGCCAAUUAAGCAAAUUCAAACUCCUCAGGUACCUGACAAAGAAGAUGAUCCAGCGUUUGGUGAUGCAGCUCUCAAAUCAAGAUUUUUAUUUAAGUCUUGUAUGAACUACGAAAUUUUACAGAAGCGGGGUCACCAACCUUUAUUAGAUUUGCUUGAUUUACUAGGCGGUUGGCCUAUGUUAAAUACAAACUGGAAUGACAGUAAAUUUGAUUGGUUAGAACUUAUGGCAAAACUGCGAGUUUAUAAUAAUGAUAUUUUAAUAUCAGAAUGGGUAGGACCAGACAUAAAGAAUUCUGACGAAUUUGUUAUACAGUUUGACCAAACCAGUUUAGGCUUGCCUACAAGAGAAUACUUUUUACAAGAAUCAAAUAAAGUAUACUUAGAAGCAUAUAGAACUUAUUUGAUAAAAAUCGCACAACUGCUAGGCGGAAAUCCAGAACACGUAAGAAAAAGUGCGGACAAACUUAUCGCUUUUGAAAUAAAUCUUGCUAAAAUUACAUCGGCUCCGGAGGACAGGCGCAAUGUAUCUGAGAUUUACCAAAGAAUGCCAAUUUGGAAACUUGAAGAACUUAUACCUGAGGUGGAUUGGAUAAAAUAUUUGUGUAUUGUAAUGAACAAAACAAUACAUGAAAAUGAAAUGAUAGUACUAUUUGCUCAUAACUACGUUUCGCAUCUCGUAAAAUUAAUAGAGAAGACGGAAGCCAACACUUUGGCGAAUUAUCUUUUAUGGCGAUUCGUGAGGCACAGGGUUAACAACCUUGAUGAUCGUUUUCAAUCAGCGAAACAACAAUUCUAUUAUAUCCUUUUUGGCCGAGAAGAGGCACCGCCAAGAUGGAAAAAUUGCAUAUCUCAAGUGAACUCAAAUAUGGGAAUGGCAUUAGGAUCCAUGUUUGUUCGGAAUUAUUUUGAUGAGAUAAGUAAAAAUGAUACGCUUACCAUGACACGGGAGAUUCAGCAAUCUUUCCGAGAGCUGCUUCGUAUGACUGAUUGGAUCGAUGGCUCGACCAAAAAACUAGCCGCUCAUAAAGUAGAUUCAAUGAUGCUCAGAAUCGGAUAUCCUGAUUUUAUACUAAACAAGAACGAAUUGGAUGAUAGAUAUAAAGAAGUGAAAAUUCAUCCGGAUAAAUACUUUGAGAAUAUUUUGAAUAUAUUACAGCAUUUGACAAAAAUGGAACAGUCACGUAUCGGACAACCAGUGAACAAGUCACUUUGGAACACAGCGCCAGCGGUCGUCAAUGCUUACUACAGCAGAAAUAAAAAUCAAAUCAUGUUCCCUGCUGGAAUUUUACAACCUCCGUUUUAUCAUCGACAUUUUCCUCGUUCGCUUAACUACGGCGGCAUUGGUGUUGUGAUUGGGCACGAGAUCACACACGGCUUUGAUGACAAAGGCCGCCUCUUUGACUGCGAAGGCAACUUGCACCGGUGGUGGUCGGACACAGCUAUUGAAGCUUUUCAUCGUCGUGCUCAGUGCCUCAUUGACCAGUAUGGACGAUAUGUUGUGCCUGAAGUCAACAUGAAACUAGACGGAGUUAACACUCAGGGAGAGAAUAUUGCUGAUAAUGGCGGCGUGAAGCAAGCGUUUCAUGCUUAUCUAAAGUGGUUACAUCAAAACGGUUCUGCAGAUGAAACUUUACCAGGACUAAAUCACACUCACACGCAGCUAUUUUUCCUUAACUUUGCUCAGGUAUGGUGUGGAGCAAUGCGUCCAGAAGCAAUGCGCAACAAAUUGAAGACUGCAGUACAUUCUCCGGGCCGGUUCCGUGUCAUCGGUACUCUAUCAAACUCGUACGAGUUCGCAAAGGAAUUUCAUUGUCCACCUGGCUCGCCAAUGAAUCCCAAACAUAAGUGCUCUGUAUGGUGA